AAAAAUAAAGCUGCAGUGCAGUGGUGGGCUCCGGCUUGCAGCGAGACACUGCGGGCAGGCUCCAUUCAUUGUUAUAUCAGAGGAGGUCGAUACCGCCGUGGAGACGGUAAUACGGCAGUGACGGCAGUCGCGCUGCGCGGAUGUCCCGCGGAGGCCGCUAGCGCGCAUCUCCGCAACCUCGGAAUACGGACGCGAUCUGCCAUUUGUGAAAAACUGUGCGCAAUAUUUACACUUAGGUAAUUUUUGUCAGUGAACGUGUUAAUUGAAAUUAUUCAAACUGAAGAUGCUCUAGUUUGGAGGUGAACGACGAAAAUAUAUUCGCCGGCUCAAAACAUCUGCGCGGCCACUUCAGUGAGCGGUAGAGAGAGAGUAACUCAGUCCAAUGGCGUGCACAAAACUGGGGGCAGCUUCAACAUGAUCCUCGGCCGAAGAAACCUGGGCAUGCUGAGACUGGGACGAUGCGUCGCCUUCGUGGCCGCGGCGACCCUACUCCUGCCCUUCACCAUCCUGGUGAUGCUGGCAGACCAGCAGUACAUCCAGGGGUACACCUCCAAAAGAAUCUUCUAUCAAGAGAGUGACUUCUAUAAGCUAAACGGGAGUGUAGUAUACGUCCCUAUAGCAGUAACUUCACACUCUCUGAGGAGCCAGUACAUAUUAGAGAACAGCACACACGAAGAGGGUUUACUCUCGCGGGAGAAGUUCCUAGAAGUGUGUUCGCGAAUGGACGCCCGACGGGACUACCUAGCCAACCAGUGCUCGAACCUGGGACUAGACGACUCGAGUCACAAGGCCUACGCGUGGGAGUACUUGAUAAAUAGGCAGUAUCAUGUCAUCUGGUGCAACAUAUUCAAAGCCGCUUCAACAUCGUGGAUGUACAACUUCAAUCUGAUGGCGAACUACACUCCAGCCUUUUUAGAGAAGACGAAAGCGGUGCCUCUAGAGCUGGCUCGGAAGAAGUACGCGAGGCCCACAGUAGAGAUGAUAAAGAAGGCACAAUCAGACUCGAUAUCGUUCCUGAUAGUGCGACACCCGCUGGAGCGGCUGGCGUCAGCGUACAAUGACAAGAUCGUCCACGCCUGGCCACGGUCCUUCCACGAGAAGAUGGGACAUCGGAUCGUUGGCAAGUAUCGGAAGAAAAAUGCGAAGAUCAAGGAGAAAUACCCUCUAUUCGAGGAGUUUGUAUCCUAUGUCCUGGACGAGUUCAAAGCAGCGAGGGUGCUGGACAUGCACUGGACCCCAUACACCGGGUUCUGUACGCCCUGCAAGUUCUACUUCGACGUCAUACUGAAGUUCGAGACUCUGGACGAGGACCAGCGGUUCCUGAUCCAGUUGGCGCGCCUACAAGACGUGGUGAAGCCGGAGUGGAGGAACAGCGGCAAGGGAACCAAGACUUCGAACACCAUCAACCAUCUCUACUCGAGGAUCACGCGCCCGCAGCUGAACGGACUGUAUAAUUUGUACAAAAACGACUUCCAACUAUUCAAUUACUCCAUAGAGAGCUACCAUAAAAUUAUCAAAGAUGACGACUCAACAAACGGAUGAGAGUUGCUGCGAAUCAUCGAGUGAUGCUCAUGUUUUUUACUGCGGAAGACCAGCCAAGCCAGAGAUGAUAGAGAAAGACGGAAAGACAUGCUAUCUCGCUUUCACACGCUGUCCGCUAUUUCAGAGUGGAGUUGUUGUAACUUGUUCAUUUGAAUUAGUUUAGGAGAAAGGGGCGUGGAAUUCAAGUCAAUUUAGUCAUAGUUUAGUAAGUUUAUAAAGUUAUCAAUACUUUCCAAAGAAAGAUAAAUAGUUUGCGAGAGUCGCACUGUUCCUUAAGCCUAGUUCCUUGCGAGUGCAAUGAAAUAUCAGAGCUAUGUGUAUGAGCAUAGACGUGACUGUAUAAUGGUGUGAGCACCAGAUAUGAGUUUUGUUGAACAGUGACUUGAAAUUUAUUGUAAGACAAUUGUUAAAGUUUUAGCAGCUUAGAUAUUUGAAACGAACAGUACCUACAUUGUAAUGUAUAAACUUAGUUUUGUACGGCACAAAAUAAAAUUCCUUAGUGCUUCCAUAAUGUUAGUUGUGUGGAGUAAAUGGUGAAAUGAAAUUGCAUUAGUAUGGUGCCAUCCGCUUCGGUGAUAAGAAUAGUAUUUAUAAGAUCAUUAACUAAUUAGUAAUUAACUAGAUAUAAUCAUCAUUUUUUGUAUAAAAUACAUAUUGUGUUUUUAAUGUUUUUUAUAUUUAUUUUAUUUAUACAAUUGUUUAUUUUUUUUAAGUUUACCAUAACUUCGGGUUCAAAAUUAUAAUUUAACAUAACUUCAAGAACUUUUUUACUAUGGCUAAGUAAGUAAGUACCUACUUAUACUGGUUUAUGUUCAGAAUAUACCUACUUACGUUACAUAGGUAGGUAAACAUCAUACCUACCUUUUCUCAUCAGGUCAUACUACAUAUAACUCUAAGUUAGACUUCCAUUGUAUAAUAUUUUUUUUCAAUUAUUUUAGAAUAACUUAUAACUCAUUUUGUCUUCUCGAGGCACUGAAUAUCCUUACCUGGAGGUAACUCUGACGUUUGAUCGGGAGACCGUUUGUGCAGUACAAUUAAUUUUAAGAUCAAAUUAGAAUUCAUAUAAAAUUUUCCUAGUUGAAGUAAAGUCAAUAAGUAUAAUCAUAAUAUUUCAUCACUUGGAUGAUAGAUUCAUAAUGAUUUUUUCUCGUGUGAAAUAAUCUUUCAUCAUUUUAAGGUUGUCCUAUAAAUUACUUAAUUAUAAUGCCUUUCUAAACUACCUGACUUAAACAUUUUAGUACAUAAUGUUAUAGGUAUUAUUAGGUACCUUAUCCGGAAAAAUGCAGUUAGGUAUGUAUGUAUUAUGGCAUGACAAACUACACAUAGUUUACAUAAGAAAGACUUAGUUAAACUCUCUAAUAGCAUAAACUAUUAUUAUAAAAUAAUAAUCUACUUACUUCAAGCUUUGCAAUCUUUGCAUUCUUUAUAUCCUGAAUUUUAUUAGUUCUUGCUUUACUAAAGUUUAUUCUAAAAAGGUAGUGACAUGCAACGAAAGAUUAUUAUGUCAGUAUAAUAAUUGCAAAUUAAGUAAACAUUGGAUUCAGCUACCGACUAUCUAUAUAUCUAUUGAAAGACUACCUAUCUAAUGCAACUAUGCAAAAAUAAUCUGUUUUUUUAAGAUUACUUUUUAUUGAUACAAAAAAAACUAAAUUAAUUCAAAAGUAAACUCGCGAAAGCAUCUCAAUAGUUCACUGAAUAAGAGUCAAAGGAAAUCUUCACUGUAUUUUCAAUUCUUGCAUACCAAGUCUUCGGUAUCUCUUCAGAAACAAAAGUACGAAUUAGCAUUAUGAAACAUGUAUAUAGGAUACAUUAUUUAUGGAAUGAAUUCUAGACCAAAAGUAAAUGGCCUAUGAUUGUAAUGUUAUGGUGCUAUAGAAUAGAAUUUGAUCUCAUAUCAAGUGUGUGAGAUGUGAAUGCUGUAUUUGUUGAUUAUAAAUAGAAUAUUGUGUUGUUUAAAUAAAUUCCAGUUUAUAUAAAUUACCUAUAAUGUUGGUUGCGUUUUGUUGUAGAAUAGUUUUUAGAGAAAUAAAUUAUUUGGAUAUUA